GCGUUACGACAAACGAGCAUGCGCGGUACUGGCCGCGAGAAGAAAAAAAAUUGCGCCGCUAGCCGGAGAACGCGAACCAAGACGGUAAGCGCAUGCCCGUUAUCGACCUGCCGGGGAGCUCAUGCGCAGAAUAGUCAUAAUUUGAAGGUUACAGUCGUGAUCCUCUCGCCCACUGUUACUCAACUUCAGAAGCUUUAAGAUGUGCGGACUUCAACUCCCAGAAUUCCAAGCUGUAUGUAAUCCCACGGUCUGAAGACAAAACUUCCUGGAUACUUUUGACGCCUCCCCCCCACCCCGGAAGGCUGUUAUAGAGGCCCAUAAGAAAACAGUAGAAAAAUCCAGGAUUUGUGCGGAGCUGCGACUAGGCAACAGCAGCCUUUCCCUUCUCAAGCAAAAGGUAGCAGCAAAGCCUGCGUGGUGUUUGUAACGCGAGUAAGCCAGGACUCUUUUGCACUGCGAAGAAAAUGGAGCUGAUGUCUUUACUUGGGGCGGGGGCGGUGAUCACGAAAGGAGGCUGCGGCUGAGGCUGUUCGGGAGAUUUUUAUUAAUCUACUCCGUUGUAGAUUAAUAAAAAUUCAUAUAAUGAUACUUUCGGGCUGCUGUUGAGAGUUAGGACCCUGCAGCGUAUCCGAGGUUUCUUCUGGCUUCUGAUUCUCCCCGUCCCUAGCGCAACCAGGAUAUUAAGCUGAAAAGCCCCCGGAAACGUUUGCAGUGAGGAUAAUUUAAACCUUUAUGUGACUGCCAAGCAAAUAACUUAUCCUGCAUUGCACUACCAGUUCUCACUUCAUUUGAGAAAAUAAGAGUUGCAUUAAAGUUUCUUCUAAAGGAGAAGAGAAUUUUGGAGGCAUUCGCACGAGUUUUGUCUUCCUGCACUUAAAGCUCCGCAUUUUGAGAGCUUGAUUCCCUCCGAUGACGAGGUUCUUGAAGAAUCAGUACUUCCAGGGUAUUUAGGAUCUCAACAAGAUGCCAUAUCUUGGUUCAGAGGAUACAGUGAAGGAGCUGAAGAGGGCCCUGUCCAACCCUCAUGUGCAAGCUGACCGUCUUCGCUAUAGAAAUGUUAUCCAACGAGUGAUCAGGCAUAUGACCCAAGGUGUAGAUGUCUCCAGUGUCUUUAUGGAGAUGGUUAAAGCUAGUGCUACCAUAGACAUUGUUCAGAAGAAGCUAGUGUACUUGUAUAUGUGUACAUACGCUCCACUGAAGCCUGAUCUAGCUCUUUUAGCUAUCAAUACUCUGUGCAAAGACUGUUCAGACCCCAACCCUAUGGUUAGGGGUCUGGCUCUGCGUAGCAUGUGCAGUCUGAGGAUGCCUGGCAUACAAGAAUAUAUUCAGCAGCCAAUCCAGAAUGGUCUACGAGACAAAGCUUCUUAUGUAAGGAGAGUAGCUGUUCUUGGAUGUGCAAAGAUGCAAAAACUCCAAGGAGAUUGUGAAGUGGAUGGUGCACUAGUUAAUGAGUUAUAUAGUUUGCUUCGGGAUCAGGAUCCUAUUGUGGUGGUAAAUUGUCUGAGGGCUCUUGAGGAAAUUCUGGCACGUGAAGGAGGAGUUGUCAUCAACAAACCCAUUGCCCACCAUCUUCUUAACAGGAUGCCAGAUCUAGAUCAAUGGGGGCAGAGUGAGGUGUUGACCUUUCUGCUGCGAUACAAGCCCCGCAGUGAAGAAGAGCUUUUUGAUAUCCUUAAUUUACUGGAUGGAUACCUUAAAAGUAGCAGUUCCAGUGUAGUGAUGGCUGCCACAAAACUCUUCUUGGUACUGGCUAGAGACUUCCCACAUGUCCAGGCAGAUGUGCUUGUAAGAGUAAAAGGUCCACUCCUAACAGCAUGCACCUCUGGAAGUAGAGAACUCUGUUUCACUGCUUUGUGUCAUGUGCGCCAGAUAAUAGACAGCCUUCCUGGCCAUUUCAGUAGCCAAUAUAAGAAGUUCUUCUGUUCUUACUCGGAACCACAUUAUAUCAAGUGCCAGAAAAUGGAGGUGCUGUGCAAGUUGGUGAAUGAUGAGAAUGUGCAGCAUAUAUUGGAGGAGCUGAGAGAUUACUGUACUGAUGUAUCAACAGAGCUCGCCCGGGGAGCAAUAUUUGCCAUAGGAAACAUUGCAAGAACCUAUUCAGAGCAAUGUGUGAGGAUUCUAACAGAACUCCUUGAGCUGAAGCAAGAACAUAUAACAUCAGCUGUAGUGCAGGUGUUCCGGGAUCUAGUAUGGUUGUGCCCACAGUGUAUAGAGUGUGUGUCCCAGUCUUUGUCUGGCUGUGAAGAGACCAUCCAGGAUAGUGAGGGAAAGCAAGCAUUAAUCUGGCUGCUGGGUGUACAUGGAGAAAGAGUUCCCAAUGCCCCUUAUAUAUUAGAAGAUUUUGUGGAGAAUGUGAAAUCAGAACCAUUUUCAGUUGUAAAGCUGGAACUACUGACUGCUUUGGCCCGGCUAUUCAUAGCACGUCCAGCUGAGUGUCAGGAUACACUUGGGCGAUUACUUUAUUAUUGCAUUGAGGAGGAAAAAGACAUGGCAGUUCGGGACCGUGCACUAUUUUACUACCGUCUUUUACAAGCUGGUAUGGAAGAAACAAAAGGAAUUCUGUGCAGCCCAACAUCUGAUCGUUCUCUCCGCCUUUUGGAGGAGCAGACUGAAAGUUCCAUUAAUGAAUGGGUCUCUGACUUUAAUUCCUUGGUGCCCAUCUAUGGCAAAGAGCAAUGGGCAGCUAUGACAGCGAGUCGAGCUGUUGAUCUCCACUGUGCAGACUCCAGCUGUGAUGAUUCCAAAACAAGAGACAAAGCACCACUGAUGCUAGAAAAGGAGAAGGUCCCUGAUACCAAUACCAGUUCCAGUAGCCUUAUUUUAAUGUCCAGCAUCUGUCUGGCUGCAGAGCAGUUUGAGAGGACAUGGCUAAACCUGGCUGUUGGCUGCCAGCAAGCUGUUCCUUGGCAGGAAACCAUGCAGCCAGAGACUUUGCAGGCUGCCCUGCAGGUGGUCCAUAUUCAGACUAUUGCAAUGAGCAAGCCUGGUUCACAGACAUGGAAAGCCUACCUAGGGGCACAGGAUGACACAGGAUGUCUUUUCCUAACUGAGCUGCUGCUGGAGACAGGAAGUACAGAAAUGCAGAUGUUAGUGAAGCAGAGUGAAAACAAGCUAGAAGCACUGCAGGCCUUUGUCUCACUCUUGAAGACAGUUCUGGAGACAGUGGCAGGCCUGACAUCCUGAUUCUUUCUAAUCUCUGAUGUUGGUCAUAAGCAGGAAGAGGCAGAGACUUUGUAUAUGGUUUACUUGUUGUAUUCUUCAAAUGAAGCUGUAGUUCUUACAAGUUGACAGUAAAGGCUUUCUAGAGCAUAGCUUUCAGUGCAGAUGAAAACUAUGUGUCUAGAAAGAUAUGUGCAAAGAAACCAGUCACCCUUAAAAGGCAAAAUAAGAGCAUGUUUAUGGACAAACAAAGGGGAUUUUGUAUAAAUCUACAGAACUACAAUGGUAAGAGCUGAGAUUUCAGGGUGAUGGCAGAUUAAGGAGGAUUUGUGUGUUUGGAAGGAAUCACAAGCAAUAUUCUCUCUAAUUUCUGACAUCUGUGUGUGGAAAAAAUUGUUUUGUGUAGCUUUUCCCAAACCAAGUACAAAUUUGUGUGCUACAAUAUGAGUAUAUGUGUUAAUUGUAAAUAAAAAUAUAA